AUGGCCAUGGCCAUGGGUUUAUCACCUCUUAGCAAGCAGCUGUUCCCCAUUGUUGCCGGCAUGGUCCUUCCACGAAGCAUCUUCCUCAAAGCUACACGGCUGGUCGGCUACUCUUUCUCACCCAUCCACCUCCUCCUGCUCUCUCUGGCCCUCCUGGCCAUGGUGGCAGCCGUCGUGAACCGCCCACGCGCCGUGUACCUUGUCGAUUAUGCUUGCUUCCUUCCCAGUCCCACCUGGCGUUUCCCUAACUCCACACUCAUCGAGUACGCUCACCUCGUACCCGCGUUCGCGGACGAUCGCACAGUCGGCUUCGCCAUGCGGGUGCUCGGAAGCAGCGGUCUCGGCGAUGAGACCAGCCUGCCCCCCGGCGACCACUACAUCCCGCCAGACAACAACUUGGUCGUUGCCCGAGCCGAGGCGGAGCUGGUCAUCUUCUCGGCCAUCGACGACCUGUUCGCCAAGGCAGGCGUCACCCCUGAUGCCGUCGGCAUUGUCGUCAUCAACUGCAGCGUCUUCGCCCCCGUGCCGUCCCUCAGCGACAUGAUCGUCAACAGAUACAAACUCCGCAGCGAUGUCCGCUGUGUAAAUCUGUCUGGGAUGGGCUGUAGCGCGGGGGUGAUCUCGGUGGGGCUCGCUGCCGGCCUACUUCGUGCAGCGCCCCACGGUGUUGCUGCUGCUCACGCUCUGGUCGUGUCCACGGAGACCAUCACGCCCAACCUGUACCUCGGCAGGGAGCGCUCCAUGCUGCUGUCCAACAUGCUCUUUCGGGUGGGCGGCGCCGCCGUGCUGCUGUCCACGUCCAAGGACAGGGCGCGGUUUCGACUCGCCCACCUCGUGCGGACGAUCACCGGCGGCGAGCAGGACAGCUCCUACCGGUGCAUCUUCCAGGAGGAGGACGACGAAGGCAACUUGGGAGUCAAACUUUCCAGGGACCUCAUGUGCGUCGCCGGUGCCGCGCUCGAGGCCAACAUCACAGGCCUUGGCCCGCUGGUGCUCCCCUUCUUCGAGCAGCUGCGCUUCGUCGCCAACAAACUGCUGCUCAAGCUGGGCCGGCGAGGCGGCGUGAAGGUGAAGCCUUACGUCCCCGACUUGUGCAAGGCGUUCCAUCACGUGUGCAUCCAUGCAGGGGGGCGUGCGGUCGUCGACGAGGUCCAGUCUAGCCUCGGGCUGUCGGAGGAGCACGUGGAGCCGUCUCGCAUGGCGCUUCACCGGUUCGGCAACACGUCGAGCAGCUCGGUGUGGUACGAGAUGGCGUACCUCGAGGCCAAUGGCCGGGUGCGGAAGGGCGACCGUGUGUGGAUGGUUGGCCUCGGAGCUGGGGUCAAGUGCAACAGCGCCGUCUGGGAGUGCAUCGGCCCGGCAACCCAGCUGGACAAGGCGUGGGCGGGAUGCAUACAUCGCUACCCAAUCAACGUCCCUCAUGCCAACGUCAACAUGGCAGCUGAGAGCGAUCCCAUAAUUGCAGUGUAA